GGAAGAUGGCGCGCUAAUAAUAUAAGUAGCUCUCCGUCGUCAGAGAGCCGCUCUUCUUUCUUCCAUGUAAACUCAAUGUUCUUGUUGUCAUGGUUACCAGAAGAGUCUCAAGGGCUCUGGCCAACACAACCAGCUGACUUUAUGGGUUUUUUUUUUUAAAACGGCAGAAGUGGUGAAGCAGGGACAGUCAGGUGCAGCUGAGCGCCGCUUGUGUGGAGACGCAGCUAAUCCCUCCAUGACCUCUCCAGGCUGCACACCGAGGGAACACAGGCUACACGGCAUGAGCACGGGAGCAGAAGCAAUUUUAAGGUGCCUGAUAUUAUCAUCCAGGUAAUUUGACUGUUUUAAUCAUGGGGGAGCUGAAGUCCAGGGCUCCUGGGCCUCGUCUUGACCUGAACAACUUUGACUCGGCCGAAGCAGAGAGGAGUCGGUACGUUUUAACGAGUCCCCGCUCCCUGGAGUCCUGUGCACGACUCGGCAUCAAACCUGUUGAACUUCUGAUUAAAUCACUAAACGAGUUGAUUGCUGAGCGGCAGGACGUGCCCUUUGAGGCGAUGAGAGUUAUGCACGAAUCCUAUGAGAAGGAGAGAAUGAAGCUUUUACAAAUGUGCCGAGAGGAGAGGGAGAGGAUUAUCCAGGCGGCUGGGGACAGGUGGCCAGGCAGUAGUAAAGUGUCAGGCCUGGGAGUGGCGCCAGACACCAAACUGAAGGAUCACAGGAGGGACAGGCAGUCAACAAGGCCCAUCCCGUAUGCAGAUCUGUGCUUUAAAGGGAAAUCAGUGAGCAGGUCCUCCUGCUCUAACAGAGACCCAGACAGGAGCACAGUCUGCAGCUUCAGUCUGGGAGACCUCAGACACACCCCUGCUACUGAGAGGAAACUGGAGAGGCUCACCAAUGAUAUAAAAAAGGAGAUGUGUGUCACGGUAUCAGAGAGAGACCGCAAGAUAGCAGCUCUGAUGUUGGUGAAGCACCAGGAGGAGCAGGCUUCCCUGAAGCUCAGUCAGCAGGAGGAACAGGAUCGACAGGAGGCCCGCAGGCAGGAGGAGGCCCGGAAGGCUCAGGAGGAGAAAAAGAGGAGGAAGAAACUGAGGCAGAGUAUGCAACGGUGGCGUGAGGAGCUGGAGGCCCGCAGGAGGCUGAGGGAGCGUCAGGAGAAAGAGAAAACGGGACAACUUGUGCUGGAGGUGCUGCUGCAGGAGGACCGCAGCAGGAGGCUGAAAGAGGAGGUGGAUGGACAACUCAGGGAGAAGAUAAAGGCUGCACAGAAGGAGGCAGGGGGGCGCAAACGCUACCAGGAGAGGCUGCUGAGAGAGAAGGAGGAGAUGGAGAAAAGGCAGCAAGAAAGAGAGAGGCAGGUGGCAGUGGAGAAGGAGGAGAAGGCCAGGAGGAGCAAAGUGUUGCAGGAGAAGAAGGAGAGGAAGAGGCUGCAGGAGGAAAAUCGUAGAGAGCUACUUCGACACAUCCUGCUGAAACAGCAAGUAGAGCAGCAGGUGGAGGAAGAGGAGGCCCAGAUGAGGAGCACACUUGAGAAGAAGCUGGAGCACUCCUGCGAGAGACGGGCCCAGGCUGUAGAGACACAGCUGAGGGAGCUGAAGGAGCGGGCGGCCAGGGAGGAGGAGCAGAUUCAGAGAGCACAGCAGAGGGCCAGGCUGCAGAGGGACCAGCAUCUCACACAGAAACAGAUCCUGGUCCAACUGAGUCAGCGUCGCGCGGAGAGAGCCGCCCUGCACGUCUCAGCCCAGCAGAGGAACAGAGCUCAGCAGGCACAGCAACACAACAAGCACAGGCAGCUCUGCCACCAGAGGCUCAGAGAGAGGAUACAGAGAGAGGAGGAGGCCAUGAGGAAGGUCAGAGAGAGCUGCGUCUUCAUGAAGGAGUGGAGGAGGGAGAGGCUGCGGAGGCAGAGGGAGCAGAUACAGGAGGAGGCACACAGGCUGGCUCGGGCCUCCUUUCACAUGAGGGAGAGAGCGAGACAGCAGACACACAGUCGAACUUUUGCUCAGAUGGCCCUGGAGGCUCAGCUGACCGCCCCCAUGAGCCGCUUGAAGCUAUGAAAGACAUGUAUCCUCCUAUCUGCAUACAAGUCUGUGAAUGUGUUAUAACCAAGGUGCUGCCGGAGGAUGAAUGGACGAAUGUUGGGGCUGCACAGGAGCCCUGCAACAUGCCAUGGAUCAUUAUCAUGUCAGAGCUGUGACUUUAUGACUCACAAAGUCAGGGUUUGAUUUGAUUAGAUGCUGAAUUGUGCCAUAUAUUUUCAAUUGUAUAUGUUUACAGUGACAUUUAAAUUAGAAAGAAUUGUGGACUACUGUCUGACCUUGUGGUGACCUUCCGCAGGGAGAGUAAACACCAAAGCAGUGGUCCCCAAUCUUUUUUCAUUGUGACCCCAUGAAAUUAAGCACUGUCUAGACCCCUCAUGUCAGACUGCAUUAGUCUAUGAGCUGUGCACAGUUCAACCAGACUGAUUUUAGCUUUUCAGGUUUUAAAAACAUUAUAUAAAAAGGUCAAAAUUAGUAAAAUGUCAAAUACUAUGAGCUUAAUUUUGCAUAGCAGAAAUGUUUCUUUUCCUUUUGUGUCAUUUGAAUCAACUUGCAACCUCUGUGAUUUAUCCUCAGACCUCUCAGGGGCUAUGGACUCCAAGAUUUGGGCUCAAUGCUUUAUGGUCCAACCAGCUUCCAUAUAUAGUAACAAAAAACAUCUCUGCUUUGUGAGCACCAGCACAGAAUUGUGUAGCUUGGCGUAUGUACCACACACGUGAUGACUUCAUUGUUUUAACACCAGCAUCAAAUCCAGCAUGAAACAAUGUAGUAUUACACCCCUAAAAUGAAUGCAUGUCAGGGAAGUGGGAUCAGCUUUUUAGAUUGAGUUAAAGAGAGUUUUCAGCCCGCAGAGAGUCGAGCAGUGCCCAGGAAGGCUGCAGACCAGUGAGUGAAGCGUUAAAUCCUUGUCUGUAGCCACUGGGGUGUUUGAAGGCUGACAUCAGUAUUUUGAAAAUGAUAUGAGCAGCCAUUAGCAGCCUGUGGAGUGCAGAUAAGAGAGGAGUUAAGGGGGGAAUUUCAGGAGGUUGAGGAUGAGCCAAGCUGCAGCGCUCUAGAUGAGCUGAAUGUUUUGUGAUUUAUUCUGGUCACCUGAUGGUUGUCAGUGUCUUACCAUGUCACCUUGUCUCACUAUUAUGUCUUCUAUGUAUAAAAUAGGGCAGGUUAGGCAAAACUUUUAGUUAAAUUACAAUAUUAAAGCAGAACAGUAGUUUGUGAACUCUAAAAUGACAUUUGUAAAUGUAGAAUAUAAAUGUAGACACUGUUGCUGCUGUGGCACCUGAUUUCAAAUGUGUCACUUCUGUUCUGGACCAUAAAAAUGAUGUGUUUAUAACUUAACAGUAUUAUAAUGUUUUAUUACACCAUA